AUGGAAGAAGAUUACAUUCGUUAUUCAAAAAACCGUGCCGAGCCAGAAGUGUGCGAUGUGGAAGCUCCCGACAUUCUCAACGCUGGCGAGUUCCGUGGACUCUGGAUUAAGUGGCUUGAUGAUGUCAUCACCACCUGUAUGGAAGGAGCUGUGACAGCUUUUCUAUGUUACGAGAACCCCGAUCCAUUUCCAAUCAAUCAGUGUUUGCACCGAUUGGGGUGCCACUGGAUUAUACUGGAGAACGAAGAAAAGCCAUCAACACACAUUUUAACAAUUUUUUUAAUUGGUCGCGCUCGCCAUUAAGGCGCAGUCAUUCCGGGAAAAUUGAUCGCCUCCCAUGGAAUGUGUCACGUUCCAUGGGGUAAUGCUGAGAAAACAAUUGCCGAAUAUGAAGUUCAAUGUGAUGCAGCUGGUACCUUUGUUUCAGCCAGCGGAAGUAACGUCCCUCCGAAUGCUAUUCCGGCAGGAGAAUGUGAGGACGGAGAGCCACUGUUCGUCGGUCGUGUAUCGCACGAGAGAACUCAAAAGGUCGGUAAAGUGCAGCCGUCACAUGGCACUUACUACGUUCCAUACGGCGGCCAGGAACUGGCAUUCGAGGAUUAUGAUUGUUAUAUUAUUACAAUUAAACACAAAGAACGAUUCGUCUUAACACAUUUGAAAAACAGGAAUAUCAUUUUCCCAUUCCGGUUAUCGGAUGUGUGUUGGUGUUGCUUCUGCCGCUCGUGGCAUGGCACAAAAACACUCUCUUUCUCACUCUGUGGCUCGUCCUGUGUAUUGGUGUCACUGCCUGCGCUCUGCAUGUUUUGGACCGUUUGCAUCGGAACCUACACUGCUGGCUGUGUUUUCGGCUGGCCGGUUAGCGAGAGCCUGAGAGGCCCGAGAGUGAUCCGAAAGCAGCAGCAGCAGCAGCAGCGGAAAACCAGUCGUCCAGCAGUUGUCGCAUAG